UUAGCCUUGGAGAUCUGGACGGGCUGGGUAGGUGAAACAGUCCACAUGCCUUUGGCUAGAGACUUACUGCAUCCUUCCUUGGAAGAGGAAAAGAAAAAACAUAAAAAGAAACAACUCUUUCAAAGUCCAAAUUCAUAUUUUAAGAAUGUAGAAUGUCCAGGUUGCUACAAGAUUACCACAGUUUUCAGCCAAGCUCAGACAGUGGUGCUUUGUGUAGGUUGUUCAAUGGUGCUGUGCCAGCCAACAGGAGGAAAGGCCAGACUUACAGAAGGGUGUUCAUUGUAAAGAGAGCAGCACUAAUGAUCCACACAGCUUCCUGAAUUUGUGUGAUAUCACAGAAAGCCUUAUCAGUUCAGUAAUUCUAGUUAACCUACCAAGAUAAUGUAGUUUUGUUUAAUUUUGUAACAUACACAGCAAUGCUCACCUAUUUUGGUGUCAGUUUUUCAAUAAAGUUUUGAUUAUGGGCAAAAA